UUUUCUGAGGGGGGAGAAUUGCAUAGAGCAGGAAAUCAUUCGCUAAACAAAGAAAAAAAAGGGGGAUAUGCUCCCUGAGAACGAGAAGAUCCAUUUCCAGCUGCAGCCACGGUCCUGGUUCAUGUAGAUCUUUCAGUCUCUGCUUUCCAAGUGCAAGAUAUUUGCAUUGCAGAGUCAGCCCAGAACUGCAUUCUCCUGACCUGCUGCGGCUUGUGGCACAGAGGUGGUUUCCCACUCUCGUCUCGCCCUUCUUAUGUGUUGAUUUUUGUUCUGUUUUUACGAAGAAAAUAAUAUUAACGAUAAAGUCAAAGUCCAUGCUCGCAGCAAUCCGGAAGGAUCGGGUCUAAUAUGCCAGUGCCAUCCUCCUCAUUGCCGUGCAAUAGCCGCCAUGAAGGAAAAGUCCAAGAAUGCUGCGAAGACUAGAAGGGAAAAAGAAAAUGGAGAAUUCUACGAACUGGCCAAGUUGCUGCCUCUGCCUUCAGCUAUCACCUCCCAGCUGGACAAGGCCUCCAUCAUCCGCCUCACCACCAGUUACCUGAAAAUGCGAGCUGUCUUCCCAGAAGGUUUGGGCGACGCCUGGGGCCAGCCGAGCAGAAUAGGGCCCUUGGAUAAUGUGGCUAAAGAGCUGGGAUCUCAUUUGCUUCAGACAUUGGAUGGAUUUGUUUUUGUGGUAGCAUCUGAUGGCAAAAUAAUGUAUAUCUCUGAAACUGCAUCUGUUCAUCUCGGUUUAUCCCAGGUGGAGCUUACUGGCAAUAGCAUUUAUGAGUAUAUACAUCCUUCUGACCAUGAUGAGAUGACAGCAGUGCUUACAGCACACCAGCCUCUUCAUCCUCACCUCUUACAAGAGUACGAAAUAGAGAGAUCAUUUUUUCUCCGGAUGAAGUGUGUCUUGGCCAAGAGGAAUGCAGGCUUGACAUGUAGCGGCUACAAGGUGAUCCACUGCAGUGGCUAUUUGAAGAUACGUCAGUAUAUGCUGGACAUGUCCUUGUAUGAUUCCUGUUACCAAAUUGUAGGACUGGUGGCUGUGGGUCAAUCUUUACCUCCCAGUGCAAUCACUGAGAUCAAGCUUCACAGUAACAUGUUCAUGUUCAGAGCAAGUCUGGACUUAAAACUUAUAUUCCUAGAUUCCAGGGUGACUGAUUUAACUGGAUACGAGCCCCAAGACUUGAUAGAGAAGACCCUCUACCACCAUGUCCAUGGCUGCGAUGUCUUCCAUUUACGAUAUGCUCACCAUCUCUUGUUGGUGAAAGGCCAAGUCACAACCAAGUACUAUCGACUACUGUCCAAGCAUGGAGGCUGGGUUUGGGUACAGAGCUAUGCUACCAUCGUGCAUAACAGCCGUUCAUCUCGGCCUCACUGCAUAGUGAGUGUCAAUUAUGUCCUUACAGAUAUUGAGUACAAGGAACUUCAAUUAUCACUGGACCAGGUUACCAUUUCUAAGUCACAGUUUUCAUGCAGAAACUCAAUGUCUACCUCACAAGAAACAAGGAGAGUAGCAAAACCCAAAAGUAAUAAAAUGAAGGCAAAACUCAGAAUGACUCCUUACCCGCAACAGCAAUACAGCUCAUUCCAAACAGACAAACUGGAAUGUGGCCAGGUUGGAAGCUGGAGAUCCAGCCCUACAGUGAAUGCUGGCACCAUCCAAGAACAGAACUUCCAUUCAGAAAACAGUGAACUUUUAUAUGCCCCCUCAUAUAGUUUGCCAUUCUCUUACCAUUAUGGACACUUCCCUGUAGAUUCUCAUGUCUUCAGUAGCAAAAAACAAAUGCUGACUUCUAAAUUUGGGCAGUCUCAAGGAUCACCUUGUGAAGUGGCUCGUUUUUUCUUGAGUACGUUGCAGACAAGUGGAGAGCGCCAAUGGCAUUAUGCCAACUCUUUAGUACCUACCAGCCAGUCGCCGUCUAAAAAUCUUCCCGAUCAACCAAUAAAUAUUGCAUGUCAUAAUCUUGCACAGAGUUAUGAAGUGCCUAUAUCAAACAGAAGAUACAGCCAAGAUGCUACAUCUGACAGCUUUACAAGUUGUGCAACAUCCAUGCCAAACAGCAGAUACAAAGAAGAGAUUUACAACUCCAGCAUCAUGAAACCCAACAAAACGGAAAGCAGGAUACAUCCAUCUCAUCAUCUCAUUAAAGAAGAAAACAAGUUAGCGUUCAGCAGAGACCUACAAGAAAAAGUGUGUGUUAAUGAAAAGUCUUUUUCAAACUCCAUAGCUAAUUCCUUGUUGCCAAAAUCAGAAUGUUUUCAGGCUAAAGCUAUUGGACAAUUAAGUCAUCUCCUGCCAGUGCCAACAGUAUAUGAACAAACAAGGAGAAUAUGUAUGAAAGAACCAAAAUAUGGGCAUAUUAGCCAUCAUGCUAUGAACCUGGAUGAACUAGACAACGAUGACAGAAUGACAGUAAAGCUUGACCAUGACUCUGAAAAUGAACACAUGAUGGAUACAAGAACUACUGGACAAGUCCCAUUUGUAUUUCUGAACUAUCACCAUGUUUUAGCCAAACACGGUACAUUUCAAACCUCAGCAUGUACAGCGACUGGACAUGUAGCAGAAAAUUAUGGAUACACUUCUGAAGAGGUAAAUACAUUUAUUUAUAAAAACCAAAGUCCAUCAUCAGCGUCUUCUCCAGAAACCCACAAGGAGACUGCACUACCCCAUUAUAUUGGAACUUCUGUAAUAAUAGCCAAUGGGAGGUGACGAUAAUAGAAAUGUAUUUCUUAAUUAAAAACAAACCCAAACUGUAAUAAUUUCUAAAAAGCAUGAGAAAACAUGGUUACAUUUACUGAGCAUAGCAGAAGGUCAAUGAGGGACAAACUUGUAUGUGUUCUUGGCAAGUAAUGUGUAAUAGUACCUUUAAGGUCAGAAAAAUACACAUCUAGCUUCAGUGCUUCAUUGUUACAGAUUAAUCUCUGGUGUAGACUCUGCCAGUAAGAAGCCAUAUAAAGAUCAUAUUUUUGUUAUUUUACAGUGUGUAACAAAAUUAAAGGGUAAGUGUUAUAUGCCUAGAAUUAUACAGAGGCAACUAUUUUUUUUCUUUUUUUAAAAACUAGGACUCCAAAAUAUAUUCAAGAUUUUUAUCAUUAAUAU